UACGUAAAAGAUUACAUUUUAUUUUGACCAAAAAAAAAGUCACAUUUUAUACCAACAAAAAAAAAAUCAAAAUGAGUGGGUGGUGGUGGCGGUGCAUGUUUCUUUUAAUCGGAGCAACCAUAUUGGUAGUGGAGCCGGUGAGUGGUGUUUUUCCACUUAAAACAAGUUCAAGAUGGAUCGUAAAUCAAAAUGGAGUAAGAGUGAAACUAGCGUGUGUGAAUUGGGUUUCUCAUUUGGAUGCUGUGGUGGCUGAAGGGCUUAGUAAAAAGCCCGUGGAUGCUAUUUCCAAUAUAAUAAAGUCCAUGGGCUUUAAUUGUGUUAGACUCACUUGGCCUAUUCACCUUCUUACAAAUCAAUCUCUUUCUUCUCUCACUGUUAGACAAUCUUUUCAAAACCAUGGCCUUCUUGAUACAAUUGCUGGUUUCCAAUCUAAUAAUCCUUCCAUCAUUGAUCUUUCCCUCAUCCAAGCUUUUCAGGCAGUUGUGAAAAGUCUUGGGGACAAUAAUGUGAUGGUGAUUUUGGACAACCACGUUACCCAACCAGGAUGGUGUUGCACUAACACUGACGGCAAUGGCUUCUUUGGCGAUCAAUAUUUUGACCCAAGCUUGUGGAUUACGGGCCUCACUAAAAUGGCCACCCUUUUCAAUGGAGUGCCUACUGUCGUUGCCAUGAGUUUGAGGAAUGAACUCAGAGGCCCAAAACAGGAUGUCAACAAUUGGUACAGGUAUAUGGUGCAAGGAGCAGAAGCAGUUCAUGCAGCAAAUCCCAAUGUUCUUGUCAUUUUGUCUGGAUUAAAUUUUGACACAGACUUAUCAUUCAUUAGAAAUAGAGCAGUGAGCCUAACAUUCAAUGAAAAACUAGUAUAUGAAGCACACCAUUAUGGUUUCACUGAUGGUCGUGAUUGGGUAUCAAAGAACCCAAACGAGGUAUGUGGAAAAGUAACUAGAUAUAUGAAGAAAUUGUCUGGUUACUUAGUGGACCAAGGAUGGCCUUUGAUAAUGAGUGAAUUUGGGGGUGACUUAAGAGGUACCAAUGUCAAUGAUAACCGUUUUCUUAACUGCUUUAUAGCAUAUGCAGCUGAUCAAGAUUUGGAUUGGGCCUUGUGGACAUUAGCUGGAAGUUACUAUAUUAACCAAGGAGUUUUUGGAGUGGAAGAGGUUUAUGGGAUUCUCAAUUCGGAUUGGACCAAACCUAGAAAUCCUACUUUCUUGCAAAGGCUUGCUUCCCUCCAACUUCCAUUUCGAGGUCCAGGCAUAACACAAGGAAAACCAUACAAACUGAUAUAUCAUCCUUUAACUGGUCUUUGUGUGGCAAGGAAGUCAAAACUACAGCCACUAAAAUUAAAUGCAUGUUCUUAUUCUAAUGGUUGGAAUUACAAACCCCAAAAGACACUAUCAAUAUAUCGUUCACACUAUUGCAUCCAAGCAAUGAAUCAAGGGAAGCCAGCAAUAAUUAGCAAAUCGUGCUCUACAUGGGACAUGAUCUCAGACUCUACCUUGCACCUUUCAACAAACAUUAACAAUGGAACAAAUGUUUGUUUAGAUGUUGAUCAUAACAAUGUUAUUGUUACCAAUGCUUGUAAAUGUUUGAGCAAUGAUUCUACAUGUGACCCUGCAAGUCAAUGGUUCAAACUUAUUGACAGUGGGAAAAGGUGAAUCUAAUGAAACAAAGUCAUGUUUGGCAUUAUUGACAUGUUUUAUUUCUGUUUUUUUUUUUUUUUUUAAAUAAAAGGGUAGCUGUUGCUUCUCUUCCUCGUUUGUAUUAUCAUAAAGAAAAAGCAUAUCAUAAUAAAAUAUUAAUGAUUCUUUCACAUCACAAAA